UUGAAAAUGGUUUAGAAAUCAUGAAGAACUGUUAUAUGACAAGUACCAAGAGCUAGCAUAUAUACAGGGUAAGAUUUAUGUUAAUGGUAGCAAAUUAGUUUUAUAAUAGUUGUAAAUCGAUCUGAUUCGAAUAAACAUGAUGAAAAAUGACAAUGAGUAAGAACUAUGUAAUUUUGGGGAUAGAAUUGUGGUUUUUCAGUUGGUUUACAGUUGCAUAAUCAUUUAAUAAUAGUUUCAUUACGUUUUUUGCAGGAAUUUAAUGUGGAAAAGAUAGAGGACAGAACAGUUUGAGAAAUGGUUAGUUUCCCAAAAUUUAAAUGAAGUUUCUUAAUAGUUUUAUUCUCGUUUCUUUGUAGUUUAUUAACAACCAAAAAAUGGCAAAAUCAGGAAUCAGGACAGGAAAUACAAUGCUUGAACAAAGGAACAGAGAUAGAAGAAAGGAAAGACAUUCCAUUCCUAGUCUUCUACAAUGGAAAAUUCGAUGAUCGAAUGAAUUAUGAAAAUUAUGAAGCCAGUGGACACUACAUUUCUGCCAAUUGUAACUAUGAAGAUUUGCAACAGAAACUCAAAGAUGCCCUGGAAUGCAACCAAGAAAACACUGUUUUGCAACUGAAAUAUCAAGUGAAGGAAGGAUACCAACCAUUGAGGAUAAAGGAUGAUCAAAGCCUGCAUUUCUACAUACAACUCAAACUGAAAGACCCCGACUUCACAACAUACCCAAUGUGUGUGAAUGUCAUCAACAACCCAACAACAACCAUCGAUGCAUCAUUCUUUGGAAAUGACAAUUCAUUAAUUACACAUAGAAGCGCCUUCCAACCAAUCGAAUACAAUGCAGCAACAACAGAAGACUCAACAAAUCAACAACAUAUAAUUGAAGCAACAGUACCGGAAUUUGGGGAAGAAAGUUUUGACUUCAUGGACUAUGCAAAACUUGUGGCAGAGGAAAUGGUUGAGCAACUGGAAAACAACAGAAAAAAGGAACCAGAAAUCACAGAUUCAGACGAACUACUAAUCACAGAUCCUCAUCAUCCAGAAAUAGAAGAAGCACAAAUAUACAAAGACAAAGAAACACUGCAGAGUGUGCUUGGUUUCUAUGCAAUUAGGAACAACUUCCAAUUCAGAGUUAAAAAAUCAUGUGCAAGAACAUACAAGAUUUGUUGUUUGGAUCCAAAAUGCAAGUGGGUACUAACAGCAUCCAGAAACGGGCAAACAAAGUCAUUCAUCAUUCGAAAGUACGGCAGAAAGGUGAUACACACUUGUGAUCUAAACAUCAGAUUUGCCGACAAGAGACAAGCUACAACGAAAUUGAUUGGAAACUACAUCAAGCCACGGUUCACCAACAUAAAAACAACUCAAACGCCACAAGACAUCAGAGGAGAAAUGAAACACAAGUAUGGGGUCAGAAUGAACUACAUGAAAGCAUGGAGAAGCAAAGAGCACACGCAAGAAGAAUUACGAGGAAAAGCCAACGAAUCAUACGGAGUUCUGCCGCCUCGGUUUUUUGCACAUGUUGCAAAAAACUAA